AUGGAAGCAGCAGCAACCGAGGGAGCGGUCGGGCUGUCGGAGGCCGGGGACGGGAGCCCGCUCUCCGGGGCCGCAGCAUCCGAUGAUGGGGACACGGUGGUCGGAGUGAGCUACGGGAUGGACGCCGCCGACAUGGAUGCUGCUGCUAAGAAGGCCUUCAUCACAGAGAUGCCCUCGUCCUCAGGCCUGCCUGGUCAGGGAAAGAAGAUGGGUCACAGAGGGGUGGAUGCAUCCGGAGAAACUACUUACAAGAAGACCACCUCCUCGGCCUUGAAAGGUGCCAUCCAGCUGGGCAUCGGUUACACGGUCGGCAACCUGAGCUCCAAGCCCGAGAGAGAUGUGUUGAUGCAGGAUUUCUACGUGGUGGAGAGCAUCUUUUUCCCCAGUGAAGGGAGCAACCUCACUCCAGCCCACCAUUUCCCAGACUUCCGCUUCAAAACAUACGCUCCCGUGGCCUUCCGCUACUUCAGAGAACUGUUUGGCAUCAGGCCAGAUGACUACCUGUACUCCCUGUGUAACGAGCCCCUAAUUGAGCUGUCCAAUCCUGGAGCCAGCGGUUCAGUCUUCUAUCUCACAAAGGACGACGAGUUCAUCAUCAAGACUGUGAUGCACAAGGAGGCUGAGUUCUUACAGAAACUGCUGCCUGGAUACUACAUGAACUUGAAUCAAAACCCUCGCACUUUGCUGCCCAAGUUUUUCGGUCUCUACUGCGUCCAGUCAGGCGGGAAAAACAUCCGCGUGGUUGUGAUGAACAACGUCCUGCCCCGUGCGGUUCGCAUGCACCUCAAAUUUGACCUGAAGGGCUCCACCUACAAGAGGCGAGCAUCAAAGAAGGAGAGGGAGAAGGCCAGGCCAACUUUCAAAGACCUGGACUUCAUGCAGGACUUGCAGGACGCAUUGAUGCUGGACGUGGACACUUACAACGCACUCGUUAAGACUCUACAGAGAGACUGCCUGGUGUUGGAGAGCUUCAAGAUCAUGGACUACAGCCUGCUGCUCGGUGUUCACAACAUGGACCAGGCGGAGAGGGAGAGGCAGAUGGAGGGCGGCAGUGACGAGAAGAGGCCCGUGGCCCAGCAGAAGGCCCUGUACUCCACAGCCAUGGAGUCCAUCCAGGGAGGAGCCGCCUGCGGAGGGUCCAUCGACGCUGACGAAACGAUGGGCGGUAUCCCAGCUGUCAAUGGAAAGGGAGAGAGACUUCUUCUUUACAUCGGGCUCAUCGACAUCCUGCAGUCCUACAGGCUAAUCAAGAAACUGGAGCACUCGUGGAAAGCUUUGGUUCACGACGGGGACACUGUGUCGGUCCACCGGCCUGGCUUCUAUGCAGAUAGGUUCUUCAAGUUCAUGAGCAACACGGUUUUCAGGAAGAGUUCCUCUCUGAAGUCGUCUCCAUCUAAGAAGGGUCGAGUGUCUUUGAUGGUGCCUAAGUGCACUGGUCCUGGUGCAGCCUGGUCAGCCAGCCAGCUGCCCUCUGAGAGGGAUGAGAACAUCUACGACCUGAGAGGAGCUCGGAGCUUCCCAACGCUGGAUGACGAGGGCCGACCAGAUCUUCUUCCAUGCACUCCUCCAUCAUUUGAAGAAGCCACCACAGCAUCAAUCGCCACCACUUUGUCUUCGACCACCUCUCUGUCCAUCCCUGAGAGAUCCCCAUCUGACACAUCAGAUAACGCCCGCUACAGGUACACACACACACACUCUGUUUCCAGGCGACACACCCAGUCUCUCACCCAUGAUGGGAGGACCCAGGAGGAGCUGCGUGUGCGUGAGGAGGAUCAGCAAACCAUCACAGUGGAGGUGGAGUUGAAGAGACACGACAGUGAGCCCACCAUCUCUGUUCCACAACUUUCACCUCAACUCAGCGAGGUUCAGGAAGUAGCCGACGCCGAGGCUCCGGAUGCCGCAGAGCCUUCCACCUGUUCAUCGGUACCUGAAGCAGCCCCAUCGUCUGCCCCAGCUGCUCCCUCCUCUCCUGGGGCAACUGAGGAAGCUGCAUCCAGUCCCAAGGUGGUGGUGGAGGCGGACCGGGCGAGCCAGGUGUCUGGCUCGGGCUGCACCAGCCAGGCUUCAGUUGAUGAUGACGAUGAUGUGCCAAUCACAGAUAUCUACUUUUAAGCCCUGUUCUCCGGCAGAGAGGAGCGGACGUCUCAGUGGAGAAGACUCUUUGGUU